GUUAGCUUCGCCAUGUCUCAGGCCACAAAGGUGCUAGUGUUUCUACUCUUAGUCGUGGGUAUUCUAGCCUACAAUGUGCCCCAAGCCACCGUCAAGGUCAAUUCGCCGCAGGGCUUUGAAGUCUCCAUACCCGACGAACCUGGAAUCUCGCUAUUCGCCUUCCAUGGCAAGGUCAACGAGGAGAUGGACGAUCUGUCCGAUCAGACCUGGGCAGCGGAUAUAGUGAGUUCCCGGAACGGUCGCUGGACAUAUCGGAACCGGCACCAUCGACUGCAGCCCGGCGAUGUGCUCUACUAUUGGACAACGGCAAGGUAUCAUGGCAUCGACUAUCACAACUAUAACCAGCGAUAUGUAGUCGGUGCUGGCGGAGAUUCCCAGAGGAUCGAUGUGCAUGGCUCCAAUGGCGGACACCUUCCCAUUGUGGCCUCUGGUCACAAUACGAUCAAUAUACAUGUACAUUAAACUAAGUGUGAAUGAAGUAUAAUUGAGAUUAGAAAUUAAAUCCACUUUUAUCUGUUAUAAAUUUCAUUUGUGAUUUAAUAUUAAACCCAAACUAUUGACAGCUUUGAUGAAAAAAUAA